AUGAAAGUCUCCUUCUCUCUCUCCAAACCCAAGGCUACACCCACCACCCAAAACACAACUCCCCAACUCAAAAAGCCAACCCCAGCGUUCGGCUCAAUCGACGAUGAUAACGAAGGAGAAGUAGACGCAGCUCCUACAGCUUCCUCCUCCUCCAACAAAUCAUCCCUCCUAACAAACCGCACACUCGCCUCUCAAGCCCCACCAUCCGCACCCAAACUAUCUAAAGCCCAACUGAGACGCGCAGAAGAAGCCAAGAAAGUCGACGAGACCGUAUUCGAAUACGAUGAAGUAUGGGAUAAGAUGCAGGCUGCGAAGGAGAGGCAGAAGGAGAUGAAGAGUAAGGAGGCGACAGAGCGGAAGCCACAACACAUAAACGCCCUCCUCCAAUCCGCUCGAAUCCGUAAACUCGACCGCUUACGCGCAGAAGAAAAGAUGAUCCAACGUGAACGAGAAGCCGAAGGCGACGAGUUCGCCGACAAGGAACAAUUCGUUACGCAAGCUUAUAAAGAUCAAAUGGCUGAAGUACGAAGAGCUGAGGAAGAGGAGAAGAAACGCGAAGAAGCAGAAAAGUCAAAACGAAAAUCAACAACAGGGAUGUCCCACUUCUACCGUCAACUCCUCGAACAAAACGACCAAGAACACAGCGCCACGCUCUCCGCCGUCUCCGUCUCACAAAAUCAUCAAGGUAAUCAAUCCAAGAAGAUCAAAGGACCUUCCGGCCCCGAAACCCAAAACCUCACCAUCACCAAACCAACAGAUUACACUCCAAUCUCAGACCUCCAACUCGCCCAACGCGCACGCGAAGAAGGUAAAUCCGUCGAGCUAAAUGACGAUAACCAAAUUGUCGACAAACGCGAUCUCUUAUCCGCCGGACUAAACCUCUCUGCUCCCAACACUCGACAUCUGGGAUUAUACACCAAAGGAAAACCAAAGAACCAGAAUGGAGGAGAGGAUGGAGGAGGGGAAGGUGAAGUUGAGACUCAUCGAGCUGUAGGUACCGCUGCGAGCCGACGAGAAAUUAAUGAGCGGAGAAGACGAGAGAUUGAGCAGCAGCUUGCGAAGGAGACGGAACGGACAGCUCAGGAGAAGGAACAGAAGGAACGGGAAACUGCUGCGAGGAUGGUUGCGAAGCGGAAUACGGAAGAAGACGUGCAAGGUGCACGACAGCGAUACUUGGAGCGAAAGAGGCGGAAGUUGGAGGAAGCUGAGACCGCUCAGGGAGUUGAAGGACAGCAAAAUGAGAAUACUUAG